CGGGGCGGAGCGGCCGCCCCGAGCCCUAUAAAGCGGGAGGCGGCGGCGCCGGUGCCGCAGCGAGGGCGGCGGUCAGGAUGAGCCUGAUGCUGGAGACGCUGCUGGGCCCCCCCGGGGGGCUCCGCAAGGAGCCGAGCCGCGUUCCCCCGCGCUCCGCCGCCUCCAGCGGCUUCCACUCGUGGUCGGGCCCGGUGGUGGGACGAGCCCGGAGCGUGGGGGGCGGCGGCAGCGCGGCCGCUUCUUCCACCGAGAGCCUGGACUCUCUGAACGGCGAACCGCGGGCGCGGAACGAGAAGGAGCUGCUGCAGGUGCUGAACGAUCGUUUCGCCGGCUACAUCGAGCGGGUGCGGGCGCUGGAGCAGCAGAACCGGGCGCUGGCGGCGGAGGCGGCGGCGCUGCGGCAGCAGCAGGCGGGACGCUCGGCCAUGGGCGAGCUGUACGCGCGGGAGCUGCGCGACAUGCGGGGCACGGUCCUGCGCCUGGGAGCCGAGAAGGGGCAGCUGCGGCUGGAGCGGUCGCGCCUGGCCGAGGACGUGGCCGCGCUGCAGGGGCGGCUGGAGGAGGAGGCUCGGCAACGGGCUGAGCUGGAGGCGGCGGCCCGCGGGCUGUCCCAGCGCUCGGCGCAGGAGGAACGGGCUCGGGGGCCGCUGGAGGAGCGGGCCCGAGCCCUGCGGGAGGAGGCGGAGUUGCUGCGGCGGCAGCACCGGGCCGAGGUGGGCGCGCUGCUGCGCGGGGCCCGCGCCGAGGCCCCCGCCGAGCCCCCCGCUGCCCUGCGCCCCGGCGUCACCGCCGCCCUGCGCGACCUGCGCGCCCAGCUGGAGGGCACGGCCGCCCGCAGCACUCUGCAGGCCGAGGAGUGGUUCCGCGUGAGGCUGGACAAGCUCUCAGAGGUGGCCAAGGUGAACACAGACGCCAUCCGCCUGGCCCAGGAGGAGAUCUCCGAGUACCGGCGGCAGCUCCAGGCCAAGAGCACCGAGCUGGAAGCUCUCAAAGGGACCCAGGAGUCGCUGGAGAGGCAGAGGCAGGAUGCAGAGGAGCGCCAUCAGGCUGAUGUCCUCUCCUACCAGGAAACCAUCCAGCAGCUUGAUAGUGAGCUGAGGAACACCAAGUGGGAGAUGGCAGCUCAGCUCCGGGAGUACCAGGAUCUGCUCAACGUCAAAAUGGCCCUGGACAUUGAAAUUGCUGCUUAUAGGAAGCUCUUGGAAGGGGAGGAAUAUCGGAUUGAAUCUGGCUUUGGGAUGCUCUCCUUCCCCGAGGUGGCUCCCAAGGCUCCCAGCAUCACCACCAACAUCAAGGUGAAGAGUGAGGACAAGAUCAAGGUGGUGGAAAAAUCUGAGAAGGAGACAGUGAUUGUGGAGGAGCAGACAGAAGAAAUCCAGGUGACUGAGGAGGUCACAGAGGAGGAAGAUGCUGAGAAAGAGGCUGAAGAGGAGAAAGCUGAGGAGGAGGAAGAGGAGAAAGCUGAAGCAGAGGGUGAAGAGGAAGCCAAGUCUCCUGCUAAAGAGGUCAAGUCUCCAGAGAAACCAGAGUCCCCCUCAAAGGAGGAGGCCAAGAGCCCAGCUGUGAAGUCCCCAGAGAAACCUGCAACUCCCUCAAAGGAGGAGGCCAAGAGCCCAGCUGUGAAGUCCCCUGAGAAACCUGCAACUCCCUCAAAGGAAGAGGCCAAGAGCCCAGCUGUGAAGUCUCCAGAGAAACCCUCAACCCCCUCAAAGGAGGAGGCCAAGAGCCCAGCUGUGAAGUCUCCAGAGAAACCCUCAACCCCCUCAAAGGAGGAGGCCAAGAGCCCAGCUGUCAAAUCCCCAGAAAAGCCCCUGAUUCCCUCAAAGGAGGAAGCCAAAACCCCAGUGGUGAAGUCCCCAGAGAAGCUUGUGCCUCCUUCAAAAGAAGGGGCCAAGACCCCUACAGUAAAGUCCCCAGAGAAACCCCCAACCCCCUUGAAAGAAGAGGCCAAGACCCCAGCUGUAAAGUCUCCAGAGAAACCUGCAACUCCCUCUAAGGAGGAAGCCAAAGCCCCAUCUGUCAAAUCCCCAGAGAAACCUCCAACCCCCUCAAAGGAGGAGGCCAAGGCCCCAGCUGUGAAGUCCCCAGAGAAGCCCCCAGCCCCAUCAAAGGAGGAGCCCAAGACCCUGACUGUGAAGUCCCCUGAGAAAGUCAAAUCUCCUGUGAAGGAGGAGAGCAAGUCUCCCCAGAAGGAAGCUGCUCCAGCCAAGGAGCCCACCCCCUCCCCUCCAAAGGAGCCAAAAGCCCCUGCAAAGGAAGAGCAGCCCAAGGAGGAGAAGGCUCCUUCCAAGCCUGGAGCUGAGGAGGGCAGGAAAGAGGAAGUUCCCAAGAAGGAUGUUCCAGCCAAGGUGGAGGAGAAGCCCAAAGAGAAAGCAGUUGCUGCACCAGAGCCUCCAGCCCCACAGGUGAAGGAGACCCCCAAACCAGUCCCCAAACCUGGGGGAGAAGGAAAAGCUGAGAAGGAGACUCCCCCAAAACCUCAGCAGGAUGUCAGCAAAGCAGCUGCAAAGGAGGCUGAGAAGCCAAAGGCUGAGGAGAAGGUGGAGGAGCCCAAGAAGAAGGUGGAGGAGCCCAAGAAGAAGGUGGAGGAGCUCAAGAAGGAGAAGGUGGAGGAGCCCAAAGCUACAGCAAAACCCAAAGAGGAGCCCAAAGCCAGUAAAGAGCUCCCCAAGGCCGAGGCCCCCUCCAGCAAGGAGGGCAAAGCCCCUGAGCCAGCACCUGCUGUGGGGAAGAAGUGAGCAGGGCCCCAGGCACUGAGGGGCACAGGAGCUGCUCCACUGCCCUCCCAGGGCCCCUGGGCUGGGCUUUACCUUCACACUAUGCCCGUGAGAUGCAGCCCCUGGCUGCUUUUUGGCUGACAGCUUCCCCAGCAGCCACAUUUACACACUUGAAUUGUAACCAAGGAGAGGAGGCAGCAGGGGAACCACCUGCCCUUCUCCACUAAGUGCAUUUAGUUAUUGUAUGGAGGAUGCAAUGCAAAGCUCUUGCUGCUUUGGGAGGGGGGGGCUGGCAGAGCCCUCCCCAAGGGCUGGGGAGGAGGAGGGUCCCUCUGAGUGGUGCCCCAGGCUGCAGAGGGCUUGGGGAGGGGGUGGGGAGAGGCUGGGCACUGCAGGAACACUCCCAGUCACACUGUGCACUAGGAAUCUCAGCCCACUGUUAUUUGCUUUCUGUGCAAUAACCAAAUA